AUGACUGCUGUAUACUUACCGGUUGCCGUGGCUUCUGUUGGAGGGGCCAUGUAUGGCAUUGACUCAGGCAUUAUCGCGACUAUUAUUGGCCAGGAAGCCUUUAAUAAGUACAUGUUCCCUCUACACGGUGAAGAUACAGCCUUGACUGGUGCUGUCGUGUCACUCUAUAAUACAGGACAGUGUGUUGGUACCUUCAUCGGUGGCUGGGCUGCAGACCGCAUUUCUCGCAAACGAGCCAUGACCUUGGCCUGUGUCAUAGCCAUCUUAGGAAUCACACUACAGACUGCAUCAGUCCACGUGGGCAUGUUCAUUGUAGGCCGCUUUUUUACCGGCCUAUCAUCGGGCAUGAUCCUCCCCGUCGUCCCAACCUAUAUCUCAGAGAUAUCUAAGCCCCAGAAUCGUGGUAUUCUGGUUGGCUUUCAGGGUAUGGGAAUAGCGUUGGGUUUCAUGGCUGCUAAUUGGGUAGGAUAUGGAGGGUCUUAUGCCAAGGGAGAUCUAUCUUGGCGUAUUUCACUUGCCAUGCAGUAUCCAUGCGCUGUUAUCCUUUUGGUUGGCUCGUUAUUUAUCCCCUUUACGCCUCGAUGGCUAGUGUCAAAAGGAAGAACUGAAGAAGCCCAUACGGUGAUACAGAAACUGCACGUUGGCGAGGGGUCGGAGUACAUUAAUCGAGAAAUGGCUCAGAUGCAGGAGCAAUUUCUUCUUGAAGAAGCUGUCAAACCUGGUUCUUUUAUGAAGGGGCUUGCGCAACUGCUUUCGAGGAAGUAUAUCAAACGGGUCGCACUCGCCUGCUUUGUUCAAGCUAUAACGGAACUUGCGGGUGUCAGCGUCAUUCAGAACUUCCAGUCUAUCUUCUAUGCCACCGUCGGCUUUACCGGUGAAAAGGCUUUGCUUAUCAGUGGCAUCUACGGCUUCAUGGGAGUCAUUGGGCAGUUGAUAAGUCUCGCCUUUAUAACUGACAAGUGGAAGCGUACAACAAGACUUUGGGUAGGAUGCGCAACUCUCGCCACAAACCUCGCAAUAUGUAUGGCCCUAUCCGCUCAAUUCGGAGACGGGACCAACCUCGCAGCUUCCAGAGCCGCAAUUGCCUUUAUCUUCAUCUACUCCUGCGCGUUUUCCGUGUUCUUCAAUUCUACUGUCUACGUUGUCGCUGCUGAGCUUCUGCCUACUUCCGUGCGCUCUAAAGGCGUAGCACUCUCGACAUUCUGCACUAGUGUUACUGCAAUUGUGAUGACACAGGUCGCACCGUCUGCGCUGGAUAGAAUUGGCUGGAAGUUCUACUCUGUCUUUAUCGCAACGAACUGUCUUGGGUUGUGCAUCUUCAAGUUCUUCCUACCUGAGACACAGGGCCUCAGCCUCGAGGAAGUCGGAAUUAUUUUUGGAGAUGAGCCGCCAACGAAAACGGAUGAAGUGGAUGCCCACAAGGUGAGAUCCAUUGAUGCAGAGCGUAAGCAGGUAUAG